CCGUACCAGCUACUGGUGUUCACUCCGGUUAACGAGUCUCGUACUUGUAAUUAAAAGGCCCCUGUGAGACAAAUUUUAAAUGAUUUGUUUCAAAAAAAUUUUCUGUCAUUUAAUUGUAAAAUAGCCGUGCUGUUUAUAAAUUCCUCUUGGCAUAAUGCUUGAAAGCAUGGAUACUUCAAAUACCAAAGACGAAUCAUCUUGUAAAGUUACAGAUAUUUCUAUAGAAGAAUUUUGGAGAACUGAGAUUCUAGGCUCUAAUAAAUCGGUGAAUGAUGCAGACUUAAUUGCAAAUUCAAAUCAAAAUCUUUGUUACUUAACAGUUCAUAGAGAAUUCACGAGAUUUUCAGAUUAUAUUAAUCGACCAUUAUAUAGCCUUGAUUUUGGAGAUCUUUUAACACCAACGUUUCGGACCUUAUACUUGCUCUUGCUAAGUAAUAAGGGAAAGUCGGAAGCUCUGAAAUUUUAUGCAAGAUUCUAUUAUCUGUUCCCUACCAUCUUUGAAGAUUUAUUACAGUGUGAAACAUGUGAAGAUGCACAGAAUCUUUUACAAAGUCAACCCAGAAUCACAGUAGAACUGUCAAAAAGAGCCUACAGGUGUUUAUUGAAUUGGAUCAAGCGUUUCAGUCCAGCGGGAUCAUCUAGUCAGGGCAAUUUCACAGAAAAGUCAGAAAUGAUUAAUAUCCUGAGAGUUCUUCAUGAAAAUUUCCAUUUUGAUAUACAAAAUGAUAAAGAGUCAUUUUUUAUUGACGAAAAACAUAUAAUGGAGGAAAUACAAAGUUGGGUUCCGAUUAAGCCUAAGAAGAAUUCUGAACAUCAAACUAAAGACGCAGCUAAAGCGUCAUCAGAAAAUAAGGUUCAAGUUGAUGAGACUCAAGCAGACCAAAAGAAAUCUGAGCCCAAAGCUGGUAACACAUCAGUAAUUGAUAUUCAAGUUGAUGAGACUCAAGGAGACCGAAAGGAAUUUGAGUCUGACGGUUUCCCUUCUAUUGAAUCAUUAAUUAAGAGCGGUAUAAUCCCCAUGCCAGUAGACAGCUCAUUGUUUGUAUUGAAAGAUAAAGCUAGAAUAUAUUUGGAAAAAGUGAAGAACUCUGGAUUAAGUAUGGAGAAAAUGAUAGAUGCUGUGCUAUCUCCACCAAGUGAUGAGGAUUGGGAUGAUUAUGAUGAUGAAAUGGAUUGUUCUGAAGGAGGAUCUGUAUUUUCCAGGAUGCACCAAUAAAAAUAGUGAUAUCAAUAUUAAGCUGAAAAAGACCAUGUAAAGGAAGUGAAGCAAAGAGAUGGGAACAGCGAGAAAGACGGAAGAUGCCAGUGAGCAUUAUCUUGAUAGGAGCUCCAAAUUGGAAUUUUGAAUUUUCAUCUUAAGUCUUCAUUGUAUGUAUGUUAAAGUGUCUAUUUACUUGAGUAUAUGUACUUUCGUUAUUAUGUAAAAUGUAAUCAUAUGUGUCAAAGUUAAUAUUGGUUAUCGCUUGUUUGUAUAUUUAUACAUUAUUUACAUAUGAGGUUUGAAGCAUCUUAUAUAAGAAUUGUACAAAUAUUGCAUGCUAUUUAAUCUCGUCAACAAUCUAUGUUAACGAUGUAUAGAUUGAAUUAGAAUAUUCUUAAGACACACACAUUGAAAUUUGAUUGUGGAUUAUGCAAGAUGUAAUAAAUGUUUACCAACUCCUUUUGAUGUAAUAAAUGUUUACCAACUCCUUUUGAUGUAAUAAAUGUUUACCAACUCCUUUUGAUGUAAUAAAUUCUCUGUACUUCUUA